UUGACGACACCCGAGAUCUUGUGAGAAGAAAGGUCUGGCCUCCUUCUUUGCUACAGUGUGUACCGGUAUUGUGGUUUGUGGUAUUGUAUCGUACAGGUAUCAUAUUUCGUUUGUUGGGUACCAUGAGCCUCUUCUAUGAUCGAGAGAAGCAGAGAAGGACUGAUCGAGAGAGACUGGAGAAUAUCUUUCAGGCGUUGUUCGAACUUCGCCAAGGCGACGAUGUGGACAUUGCCAAUGCUGAAGAGGAACGGGUAGCUACUUCUACUCCCAUCAUUGAUAGUAGUAGCAAUAAUGAUGAAGGAUCCGAACGCCACAUCCAGUUACUCGAGCAAGCCCUGGAAGUGCUAGAAGGACAGAACGACUUCUGCCUGGAUCUGUUUCCCGAGUCAUACCGUGCCGAUGAGGAUGACAUUGUCGCCCACUACAUUCCUCUCAAUCUGCUGUUGAUGGCGGGUGCCACGGAACAAAUGAUUGCCCGCGUCUGCCGUUGGAACAGGGAGCAACUCACGUGUCGACGGGAUACCGGCCAUCCGCCACUUCAUUUUGCCUUGCAUCGUUACCAAAGGAACCGAGUCAAUCCCCACCAUUCCUAUUGGAUUCGUGACGACGCCAUUCUGGAAGUGGCACGCCAAGGUGGCCCCGACGUACUCUCCUGUUUUGAUAUACUGGGAAACUAUCCGUUAUCUCUGGCUCUGCAACACCAAAGUGACAAUCAUGAAUUUGUGCAACAGUUGAUUGAUCUCUAUCCGGCCAUUUGUGAUGGGUGUCACAAGGACAACUGUGGGAGUAUUCCUCUGGGAACCGCCAUUGCCUACCAGGCGCACCGAAACGUCAAACAGCUCUUGAUAAAUCGACUACGAUUCAGUUUGCCACGCAGUCACAAUGCACAAGAACUUGUCUUGUCCUUGUGGGAUUGCACCAACGAGGAGGAAGCAGUAGUCAAUCCAACCGGCAAUUUGAUCGAUGCACAGACAGCCCAAGAUAUCUUGGCAGUCGUCUUGCCACAGUUCCAGUCAGUGACACUCGAAUGUGACGGGUGGACGGAUGAUGGUCUGGACGUGUUCUUGCGCCAUUUUCCAUCGAUGCGUCCUUCUACCGUGUCUCCAACCAAAGUGGCGGCAAUCAAGUGUCAUUUGACUUUGCCGUACCAUCAAAUCUCUCGAGGUCAACCACACGUACGGAAACUCUUUAGCAAUUUUUUGAUACAGACGUUAACGGGCCGCUUGAAACUGGACCCGUGUGAAUGGGACGAGACAAGCCCAUCAGCAAAUCAGCAUGGUGAUACAGACGACAAUCAUCCUCAUCACCAUGCAUCACUGCUGGACGCAUUGGCCAAUGGUAUCAGGCUCAAUCAUCGGCAAAACACGAACCAGCUCCAAGAGGUACAGAUCACCGGUCUAUGCCUUCCCGACGUUCCAUGCCUACUCGAAUAUCUUCUCGGUGACGCUACUCCCACGACCCUAAACUUGUUUGAUCUGAAACUACUCAACAGCAGCAACACGCACAUUGAUUUGAACUUGAACGACGACGAAAGACCAAUCAACAGUCAUCUCCGACAUUUGAAUUUGCGCAAUCCCGGAAAGGGGUCGUACUUGGUAUUGAGUCCGAUAUUACGAGGUCUCGGCAAGCUGCCACAACUGAAAUCACUCUGUCUUACAUCCAACCCAUGGGAUGGUAAAAAUUGCGGGGAUCCGAGCAAGGAAUCCCCGAUCCUGACGAAUGCCUUGGUCGAGCUCGUACAACAAGCACCAAGUCUCCAAGAAUUGACCAUGGUGGGCUACGAAACCGACCAUGCACGGCUCGCCACGGCUUUACAACGCAACACCACACUCCAACAAUUGUUUGUGCGCGACUCUACAUUCUACAAGACAACCGACCCCAUCUGGCUGGAUCUGUUACAGCAUCACAAUGCCACUCUCCAGCGGUUGGACAUUACUGUUCAUGCCAACAAUCCCAAACUAUACUACUAUUUGACAUUGAAUGCACUGGGGAGAGCCACGUGUCGCAAUCCGCAAACGCCCGUCUCCAAGUUGAUCCAACUGCUGCUGGGUGUUCCUCAGCGGCACGACGAUACUGUCGCGGCACACGUAUACGUUUACGGCUUGUUGCGCGAGACACCCAGCAUUUGGUGCUCCUCUUUCCGAGAAGAACGGCUCUACUAGCUCGCUAAAGUUUUUGAUUGGCAUACGAUAGUCUAGCUAUAUGAUUUUAUGUAAUCUCUAAGGAAGACUCACAAGCGUACCGGUAGUCGAGAGAACUUGGAGGAACCUUCCAUAGUUCAAGCA